AUGCAGCUCCGUAUGUGCCAUGUGCUGGGAGAUCCAAUACCAUGUGUAAUCUUGAAGGAGCAUCCGUUUGGCAAGAUGCAAUCUUCGAUGAUGGCUUCAAUAUGUUCAACCGAUAAACAGUUGGACCCUUCACCAAGACUUUAUGGUAUAAUUUCUUCUGGACAAAUUGUUGUUUUAUUCCAAGAACAAAAUCAUUUUCGGGCAACCCGACAGUUUAUUGUUCGAUGA